CUUUCGUCCAGCAGCCAUGUCUCUUCGCACCCUUACUGUCGCUGCGCUCGUCUCCUUGGCACUUGGAUUCUCGAGUACAACACCAGUGGUUUCCUGGUCCUCCUACAGCUCGAAUGCUUUGGACUCUAUUCCUUCCAAACUGCCCCACUCGCACUCUGUCUUGGACUCUAUCCUGUCAAAUGAAGACGUCUGUGGUCACGAUGCCGUGGUGCUCGUAGAUCAGCCUGACUUGCACGCCUCUGACCUGCGCGUCCUUCCUUCGCACGCACACCUCUCACGAUCCCUCUCAUCUGCUCCCUCAUCGAGGCAGUUCCCUUAUGUAUUAUCAACGGGCUUGGACUUCUCUUCCCUGCUGGAAUCCACCGCGACCAGAUGCCAGUCGCGUAUCGUUUCGUACUCUCCCGGUCAUGGCGGUGUUUCGUUCUCCAACGAGAAACACGUUGUCUCGCUCAGCUUUCCUCUAUUGAAUGGCCUUGCGGAUGAGCGUGCCGAAGCGAUGCUCAAGCACGAUUCUUUGCUUUCUGCCGAACUCGCACUCCUUGCCAAGACGUUCCCCAACCACCUCGUGAUCUACACCUCUUCCUCCCCGUCCUCCCUUGCGAAGCGUGCGGACACCGUUCUCGGUAGUGUCAUCCAAGCGCCGUCUGCGAAGCCCAAGACGAAGGGUGGCGUUUUGGCGCGCUACCAGCUUCUUACUCCUGGCCUCAUUGUCACGCUCUUCGUCGCAUUCUUCGUUCUCGUGCCGAUCUUUAUGGCUGGCUUCAGCGCGCUAGCAAGUAUCCAAAGCUCAGUCCAGACCAGCACCCCGAAGAGCUUCGACGCUGCGGCCAAGAAGAACCAGUGACCGUUCAUCCAUUCGAAGAGUACAUAUAGUGUAGUAAUCUCCAACAAUCAUUCACUGGGACAGUAUCUUUCUG